AUGGGCGAGAUUCUUCGGCACCCUCCUCAACACCAAGUCCCCCACCUUGAACCGAGACAUCAUCGACCAAGUGCCACUGGACGGCUGGGAGUGGACCUCGAGGAGGUGGAUCUCGCAACGAAAGGACUGCAGAACUGGAAGGUACCCGGCAAUGACUCCCUCCCUGUCCAGUUGCUCAAGAUCGACGACGACGACGACGAACCCACCGUCCUGGAGCACCUCCAUCCCAUCCUCGUUGAGGGUGACCGGUCAAACUGCAACAACUUCAGGAGGAUCUCGCUGAUAUCUCACGUAGGCAAGGUCCCCGUCAAGAUCAUCACCAUCCGCCCAAGCGCCUUCUGCGACGACACCAACAACAUCCUCCCGGAGAAACAGUGCCGGUUCCGACCUGGGCGAUCCACCAUCGACAUGCUCUACAUGUGCUUCGUCGAUCUAAGGAAGACGUAUGAUUCGGUGGACCGAGAGCUGCGGCGGAAGGUGCCGGCCAGGGCUGGGGUUCCCAAGGAGAUGAUCGCCAUCAUCCGCAAAUUCCACGACGGAAUGCGAGCCUGGGUGCGUAUGGACGACGGAGAGUGUUCGGACUGGCUCAAGAACCUGGUGUACCUGGCGGAGGAGACAGGAUGGGGGGCGGGCACACCGCUUGACCAAGUGCGGAGGGCGAUAUGGGGGAUGCUGAAUGCCGAUGACGACAGCGUUGUAUCGGGGUAUGCCGGCGGACUGGCGAGAAUGAUGGCCGUCAUUGUGGAGGUGUUCGGAGAGUUCGGGCCUACGGUAUUGGAGAACAAGACGGAGACGCUCCUGAUGCGCUUCAAGGAGAAGCAGCCAACACCACCGCUGCCCCCGUCACCACUGCUGAUCAUCGAGGCAACGGGGCAGAGGGGGAAACCGGAGCAAAACUGGCAGAUGCGCCUAAAGGACGACCUCAAGAUGUUCGGGGCAUAG